AUGUCGCUCACGCGCCUCACGCCUGGGGUGGCCGAGCUCGGGGAGCCGGCCGCCCCCCCUCCGCCUCCUGAAGAACCCGGUCCCCGUCCCCCCAGUAGUAAGCGGCUUCGUGCUGAGGAGCCUGGCGGUGUCUCCGCGGCGGCGUGGAGGCUGCCUGUGGUGCCUCGCGUGUCCGAGCUGGAGAAAGAGUGGGCGCUGCCCCCCCGGCCCUUCCAGGCGCUGCUGGUUUCAGCUGAUGCGCUUUUCCGUAGCCCCGCAGACCUGCGUGUGGAGGAGGCGGCCGGCGGGAAGCACGUGGGAAACCUGCGGCGCCAAAAUAGCUUCGAGACGGAGGGCGGUUCGCAGCCGCCCCCCUCAGGAAGCUUUGAUUCCGGCUUGAGGGCUCCCAGAAGGUCCCCUGAGGCAGGGCCCUGGGGCGAGGUUUCCAGGGCGCCCCGCAGGGGCGGGCCCCAAGCCGAGGCCGCCCAGCUGCGGCCCGGCGUCUCUGCGUGCGGCGCACGGGGACUUAGAGACGAGGGUGGAAAACAGUAUCCAGUCCAAGGGAGAGACAGUGGCCAGAGAGGCAACAGUUACAGAGAACGGGCAGAAAGCCCGUGGCUGGACAUUCCCUUUUCCAGGGAGACGAAACCGGCAUGGCACGAAAUCAAGACCAGAUGUAAAGCUGACAGUGUCACGCCGCCAAGCGAAAAAGAAAGUAACAUUUCAGCAUCUAAAAUGUUAAAAAUGUCAAAAUCUCAAAACCGGCCCGGCCUGACAAUUGCCGACGCCAGCUUUCUUAGAGCUGGCAGCACGGGGGGUGUCCCCGGGCUCCCCACGGAGUUAAAGAGCGAACGGCCCCCCGUCUGUUCAAAGGGAAGGGCCAAGAAAAAGAACGACGAAAAUGAGACACCUGUUGAGAAUUUCACAAACAUUCACUGGCCCCCACAUAGACCGAAUGUUAAAAAGCGUAAGUUACCCGACGACGAAAAAAUCGUGGACGCAGAAAAUACCGUUCGCGCCAGGAAAGCGGACGCGGCCGGUUCCCGCCGCUCCGACCGCGGCGCCGCGUCCGGCCUCAGAGGCCCUGAGGAGAGUUUUCCUGUAAAACUACAAACUGCAGGUUGGAAAGAGGCGGAAACGUGCCUGGACGUUUACCGAUCUGCCAGAUCAGAAAAAUGUCAAAGCGAGAACUAUACGAUUAGACGUAUUUUGAGGAAAAGUAGGAAACACAGCUGGGUUACACAUAAUUACAAAACUAAGCGUCAAAACAUGAGAAAAACUGGAGAAAAAUUGAAUUUGCUACAAUUCUCAGAAAUAGCUCUUUUAAGCGAAGAUUAUUAUCAUACAAAAGCCAUGAACACACGUGAAGAACAACCACAGCUCCUCACGACGGGAGCCUUGGGCAGCCAAAGGGCUUUACUAAGGUUUUUUUGGGUAAGCGGUAAAGGAGAAAACAGUGCUGUGCUACAGUUGCGAUAUUAUACUUCACAGAAGGGCUUUCACUUAGGCAAUGUGUUUGAGAAUUUCAUUACGGAAAGGUUUUAUUUCCACAAAAGCGUUUCCGCAAGUGAAGAAGGUAAUAAUAGCAUUUCAGCCUGGCAUGGAAUUUUGAAACGUCUAAAGCAAACUGAUGUUCAGAAUCUAGUAAUUAGGAAUAUAAAUGUCAACAGAAGGAUUAACGUUUUAAGCAUAUACUUACAAACCAGCGUUUCAAAACCUCUGAAUAUCAUAUUGAAAACCAACAUAGCUUCUUUGCUCAGUAACUUUGACUCUUUAACUGGAACUGGAAAUGAUUCCAAAUUAGAGGGAUGCAUUUUCAAAUGGGUAAUGCCUUUGAAUUAUCUAGAAAAUAUUACAGUGGAAAAUCAUCUUGUAGAUCUAGGAAGGACUUUAACUUUCUCAAUACCGUCAGGAGAUAGUAUGAAACCCAUGUUAGAGGGGAAAAACCUGUUUAAAAUGGAGCAAGUUUUCGAAGAGUUUGAGGAAAGACCCAUCAAUUCCUUUAGUGUGACAACUAAAAAUAUAGUUUUAAUGGACUUUGAUGACAUGGAUGAAAUUUCUUUGACAAAAGAAAUUAGUUACAAGGGUAAGACUUGUCCUGAACAAGUCACGAAUGUGAAAAACUGGGCUCCCUGCAGUACAAAUGCUGUGAAAAUACAUGUUAAUUCUCUCCCUCAAUUCAUACAGAACACCCAUGAAUACAUUAAUGCAGACUUUUAUGAAAUAAAUAUGCACAACAAAAAAUCGGACGCCGAACGGAAACUGGAGUGCGAUAAGAUGAGUAGCUUUAAUUUUAAGUGCAUUUUUGAAGAUGUCUUCCAUGUCAGGCAACAAGCCAAACCGACAAGCCGCUGCACAAAACAUACGGAGCAAACCGAUGCCAUGAUUUUAACACAGGCGCGAGACUUUGGGAGCUUGCUAAGAAGUGCAAUCGAAGCAAAAAACCGUGACUUAAUUUUGAAGAAGGAAGGAAAAGUCACGGCACAAAGUUUAACACGCCAUCGCCAAGUUCAUAAAGACACUGAGAUCGGCAAGGGAGAGGAAAAUAGUUUUGAUUCAAUGGGUGGCAUGCUUUCUAAGAAACCCGUUUCCUUAAUGAGUAAGAAAGGAAAUGUGGAAGAAACUAAAUAUGUUAAUCAAAAUAACCUCACUGGCACAAAUGAGUAUGAGAGCAUUUUGCGAGAAAGUGAGUUAGCUAAUUCACAGCAUUUUUAUCCACAGAACGACUCUACAGAAUGUGUUAAACAUCAGUUUGGAGCUGAUCUGAGUGAAGGGGACGGUGGUUUUCAGGGCUUAACUGCUGAGCGUUUAUCAGAAGCUAUGACAAUAGCCAACGAUUUUGAGAUGAAGAGUAAAUUUGAUUUAGUGCUUAAAGAACUUCACAUGUUCCAUGAAAUCAGUAAGGAAAAUGAGAUUCUGAGCUCUGUGAAAACAAACAAUGGGCACGAAAAUUACUUUAGAGAAAAUAAUGAUGUGGAGGAGACGAAAACAAAGAUAAAAAAAGAUUUGAAAAUGGGUACAGUCAACAAAAUAUGUGCAUCUUCUUUGCUCUGUGAUGCUGCAGCAGGUCCCAAUAGGCAUAAAAGACACCAGCGUUUAUUUAAGUGGGAAGCUGUACCCAGAAACAGAGAGCAGGAAGUUCCUAAUGAGUAUCCCUGUUUAGGGCCAUUGAAGGAAGAGUUUCUCUAUUCUACUUCUGAGGAAGAUGGUGAGACACCUUCACCCAAAAGACCUGCUUUAUUCUCUGAUGAGUUUAAGGAAGAAAACGUUAAUUAUUUACUGAAGGGAGGUAGUAAUUUUUCACAUGGAAUUUCAAGAGUACUACCUCUUAAGACAUGCAGUCGGCCAAUCAGAGUUGGUUUGUCCAGGAGAGCUAAGCUUAAACAACUUCAUCCCUAUCUAAAGUAAAUAUGUUAUGAGGACUUAAAAGAAGAUAUUGAAAUUUAAUAUUUCAAAAAAUUUCAUGACAGCUAUUAAUCUUUUCUUUCUUUGGAUAAGUGCUUUAAUUUCACCUUGGGGGCUUGGAGCUUUCUUUAUUAUGAAGUACGGAGAGGGUUGUGUGUGUGUAUUACCUAGUCA